AUGAAAAAGAACAACCAACUGUACGAUUAUAGUAGCAUAAGAAAUGCAUUUUUCUCUGAAGUUGGCAUUGGGAUCUCAGCCAACACCAUCCUUCUUCUCUUCCACAUCUUCACAUUCCUUCUCCAGCACAGACUCAAGCCCAUUGACUUGAUCAUUGGUCUCUUGGCUCUAAUCCACCUAGGAAUGAUGAUAAUUUUGCUGUACAUAGUUACAAAUAAGUUUUUGUCUCAGGAUUUUUGGGAUGACAUCAAAUGUAAAUCAAUCAUCUACUUGUUCAGGUUUUUGAGGGGCUUCUCCAUUUGUGCCACCUGCCUGCUUAGUGUCCUCCAAGCCAUCAUCCUUAGCCCCAGAAACUCCUGCUUGGCAAAGUUCAAACAUAAACCUCCACAUCAGAUCCUGUGUUCCCUUGCUUUCUUGUGGGUCUUCUAUAUGUCCUUCAGUACUCAUUACUCAUUCUCUGCUACUGCUAUCUCCAAUGUGACCUCAGAUGGCAUUGCACCUAUUACCGAACCCUGUAAAAUUGUACAAAUGACUUACUUCCUCAGACAUUUAUUUUCUGUGUUAGGUGCAUUCAGGGAUGUCUUUCUUAUAGGACUCAUGGCCCUCUCAAGUGCGUACAUGGUGGCUCUCUUGUGCAGGCAUAAGAGGCAUUUCCAGCACCUUCACAGCACCAACCUUUCUCCAAAAGCAUCCCCUCUACAAAAGGCCACCUCAACCAUCCUGCUGCUCAUGAGCUUCUUUGUGUUCAUGUACUGUUUGGACAGCAUCUUCUCCUCCUCAAGAACUAUGUGGAACAAUGACCCUGUUUGCCAUUAUAUCCAUUUAAUUGUUUCAAAUGGCUAUGCCACAAUCAGUCCUUUGCUACUGAUCUGUACUGACAAGCACAUUAUUAACUUCUUCAAAUAUUAUUUGGUGAAGAUACCACAUACUUAA